AAAUUUGGUUUCUGACGCAUGGAUUACUCCCGCGGUCCCGCCAGCAUAUAAGCAGACCAGCAGUCUAGGCCAACAGGGCAUGGCGAAAAUAACCGCCGCCGCCGCCGCCGUGCUAGAGUCCCGGAGCCUGCGCGGCGCCCGCGCCGUUCGACUCCUCCACAGGAUACAUCAUCGCUUCCUCCUCCUCCUCGGCGCCACUGCACCUAAAGCCGGCCGCCGCAAGGUGGCGAGAUCGAGGGAGCCCAAAAGCCUCAGGGCGGCGGAUGAAAAGCAGGAGCAGGACGUCGAGGCACAGGACCCCAAUGCCGCCGCCGCCGUUUCCGCUUCCGAUUCUGCUUCCGAGGCGGCCGUGGCGGGCAAGUACUGGGCGCACAGGUACAGCCUCUUCAACCUCUAUGACCGCGGCGUGUGCAUGGACGCCGAGGGCUGGUACUCCGCCACCCCGGAGUCCAUCGCGGCGUUGCAGGCCGCCCGCGCGGCACCCGGCGACCUCGUCGUAGACGCCUUUGCCGGAUGCGGCGGCAACUCCAUCCAAUUCGCCGCCAGGGGCUGCUAUGUGGUCGCCGUGGAGAUCGACCCCCGAAAGGUGGAGCUGGCGGUGCACAACGCGAGGGUGUACGGCGUCGAGGACAGAAUCGAGUUCAUUGUCGGUGACUUCUUCCGCCUGGCGCCUUUCCUCAAGGCUGAUUUGGUGUUCCUUUCACCACCAUGGGGAGGUCCAUCCUACAUUGAAGCUCCAGUUUACACCCUUGAUAUGCUGAAGCCGAAGGACGGGUACGCGACAUUUCAAGCAGCUCAGAAAAUAGCUCCUAACGUCAUGAUGUUCUUGCCGCGGACCGUGGACGUGGCUCAACUGGAGGAACUUUCCUGGAUGUCUUGCCCUCCCUUAGAUUUCGAGACUGAAGAGAACUACGUGCAACACAGAUGCAAAGGGAUCACUGCCUAUUUUGGAAGACGGUAUCUUCGGACUCGUAUCAGAGAGGGAGAAGCUCAAAAGAUACGAAGGUUGACACAGCGCCGAAGCUGUGAAGCAGGAAAGCUUCGGCAUGUUUGCAGAAAAGGGAACCGACUUGAAGAUGAAAAGGCCAUUUAGACCUCGAUAAAUUACUAUAGAAUUACCACCAAAUGUAAAGGGCAUGUAUGUAAUUUUGUAUGGGUUGUACCCCGUGCCUAUAAAUAGGUGAACAGUACCCCUGUACUGUUCACGCGGAUUUGGUGUUCACUUUUGCGUCACGCUUGUACUUUCAUUUCCUUCAAAUUGGAGGUACAUCUGUAAUUCAACGUUAUUUUUAUUUAUAUAUAAUAAUGAUAUAUGAUGAUCUAC